AGAGGCAACGCAGAGGAUUACCCGGAGUGUCCCUUGUACAGUGUCUUCGAACGGAGACACAAAAACAAACAAACCAGAAAGGAGAACGAUCGCACCGACGGAAGGACUCCGUAUGAUGGCGGCCUCUUCCCUGACGUGCGACUCGCGAUUGCUUUUCGUUUCUCGCUCUGCAUUCGUUUUCUCCUCGUGUUCCUUCUCGCUAACAUGCCGAUGCGUACUUCGUUUUUCUGUUCUUGGGUUUUCUGUGUUCACGUUUGUGUUGUUGACGGCGCAGCGAAUCCGCCGAAUCCGCUCCGCACGUCCCUUUUUUGGAGGAGGAGGAGGAGGGGGGUGCGUGUACACCCCCUCUGUUGAUGAGCCACGCAAUCGGCUCAUGUUUGGGCUGCCACGUAUCCCGCGCUUGCUUCGCCAACUCUGCAUGCGUGCCUCCCAGCGAUGCGUGCUUUCAUUCUGCUUCCUUUCCGCUCUCUGCUACUCGCGCCUCUGCAUGUUUGAAGCAAGUUGGACGAAGCGAAUGACCACCUCUCCACAAACAGCAGCAGAUAGGCGAAAUGCGAAGACGCCGUCGACCGGCAGCGCUGGCAAUGGACGCCAUUUAGCCAGACGCCACGAACUGAACGGAAGACAUUACAUCCUGGACGUUCUUCUUUCGUGAACACGACGAGAAAAGAAACACUUUCUCCGGUGCGUGUGCGACUCCACAAACUGUCCUACUCGUCGCGCAUCGGCACAGGAACAAAAAAAAAUAUCAAAAAUGACUUUUGAGACUUUCUCCUUUUUUAUUAUUUUUGUCUUUUCACCAGUGGUAUGAGUGUGGAGCACGUGGAGCUGUGAACGCCUCUUGCUCCACAUUUCUUGUUUUUUGAUUUUUGAAGGUGGUGCGGCAGAGUAGGACUCUUUCAAACUUGAGAGCGAAUAAAAGCAACAUAGUGUAGUUGUCGAAGCGUAAAACCAAAGAAUGUACCAGUCGGAGAGAGACCUUUCUUUCUGGAGAUGCGAAUUUCGAAGGUAAGAACGAGACGCAGUAAGGUCAUUCCUCCAUGAAGACCGCUGGUACCUUUGUUCACUGAAAUACAAUGCGCCGACCCGUAUCCUCGGCGAGAGGCUAUCAGGACUUCCGAUUGUUUGUUUACGACGGGCAAAGAAGUGCAGCGGACAAUAGGGUGUUCUUGCGUCCUCAUCGGUGUUGUCUCUGCCUCUCACGCUCUCCCAUCUCUUUUACCAUAACUCGUCUCUGUGUCUUCUGCACGAACUCACCCGCUUUUUCGCUUACAUCUCCCCUCUUCACUAGCCGCCGCGUUGAAGGGACGGCUCCUCUUUUAAUAUUAUUAUUUCUUGCCUCCGUCGACCUGAUUGAGUAGGAGCAGCAGCUCAUACGGAGAGCGAAGAGAUCUCAUCUUGAUCACUCGCUUUCCUCACCAUUUAGAUUCCUCUCCCCACACUGUCGCGUGUUUAACUGCGAAGCUCUACAAAGUAUAUGGUCGCUGCGCUGUUGUAUUGAGUUUCCCUUUCAUCCCUCCAGCGACAUCUCCGAAUCUUCUCGUUCAUCGACCUGCUACAGCACGUACAUUGUUGCUUUGUUUUUUGAAGGUGCCCUUGGAAGGUUUUAUCCGCUCUCCGUUUCUUCUCGCUGCUCUUUAGACAGCGUGCCGCGCCUGCGUAUCAUUGUGUGUGUUGAAGCGCGCACGUCCGCGGCUGGAAGUGUAUCCGUAUUUGUGUAGGACAACAAUUCAUCUCCCCUUAAUCACCCGUUUCGUGGGCGUGUGUUGUUGUCUCCUCUCCCUCACACAGACACAUACACACACACAUAUAUAUAUAUAUAUGAGUUUUGAUUUCGCAUUCCAUCGCGCACAGACAUAAGUGGACUUGUACUUCCCAAACACGCCAAAAAUAAAAGGAAGGAGAAGCCGAUCGAUAUUGUAAUGGCGCUUCAGUACUCGCUAGACACGAUGCGUGCGCAGGGCAUCGGAAGCCCCUACAAGAGCGUAGAGGAGUUCUUCAUCGCCGACCCCGCCAACGCCUCCCACCGCAUUCUCGAUACCUCCCGCACCACGCUCGGGUGGCUCGAGAUCCCUGGUGCCUUCCUGAACAUCAAAGCCUACCAGGAGGGCAUCGGCAUUGGGUGCAGCGGGUGGGGCGUAGACGUUAGCCUGCUGCCCUCUCUCUUCCCCGCCGUGUACUGGUUCCUAGGCAUCAUGCUGAUCCGCCAGCUAUGUCGUGAGCCUUUCGCCCGCUUCGGCAUUCACAUGGGAGUGGUGACGGAGAACUCGGCCUGCCAUCGCCGCCGCAUCGACGCCGGAAAGCGGGGCACCGCCGCCUUGUCCCUGCGCAACCAGCGUAAGAUUCUCAAAUUCCAAAACCAAAUGUGGCUCGCGAUGUUCUACAUGGUGUCCACCUUCUUCGGCUACUGCGUGCAGCGGAAUCAGCCGUGGUUCAAGCUACCCCUCGAUGAUACGGCCAGUCUGCACCUGCUGCUCCCCCACCCCUACAACCCGCCGCAGGAGCUCGUCAUGUACUACCACUACGGCCUCGCCUUUUACUUCGCCGAGCUCUUCUCGCUUUUCCUGCUGGAGCGGCACGUGAAGCGGUCGGACUUUAUGGAGUACGUCGUGCACCACAUCACCACCCUUCUCCUCAUCGUCUGCUCCCACGUUGGACUGGAGCACCGCUUCGGCGCCUACGUGCUCUUCAUCCACGACGCAUCCGACAUCAUGCUGUCCUUCAGCAAAACGCUGCAUUACAUGUCGCAGGAAGACGAGGCCCGCCGUGCGCGCUACGACGCGAAGCAUGCCAAGCGCAAGGAUGGCAAGACGUACCGCCAGUCCUUUCUUUUCCGCCGCAUCAUCACGGAGACGAACAUGAACGUGUGCUUUGCGAUAUUCACCGCUCUCUUCUUCUUCUUCCGGCUGUGGUGUCUCCCCUUCAUGGGCAAGGCGACGAUCCGCAUGGCGCCCAAGGUGCGCCACGGCAACGUGAACACGUGGAUGCUCGUCUUCCUGCUCAACUUUGCGCUGCAGAGCCUCCACGUGUACUGGGGACUCCUGAUUGUUGUCAUGGCCGUCUCCCUCGCGGUGGGAGGGGAGCGGAAGGAUAUCCGGUCCGAAGAGGAGGUCGACGAGGAACGCCCGUCGUGCGUGCAUUGGCGGUUUCUCAGCGAAACGGACGACGAGGACGUGGAGCACCGCAAGCGGGCACACGAGGCGACGCGGAACGGUGAGCAGGCGGAGACGACGAUCCGUGGACGGACCAACGCGCAUAGCAAAGGCACUCGACGUCGUCGCAGCACGUCCGUUAAGACGAAGUAA